AACUCAUUAACCGGCGGGCGGCGGCUGGCUCCUCCUCGAUGUUGCGCAGGGUCCUCGCGAGAGCGUUCCCACUCUCCGCCGCCUCCACCGGAUUGCCCAAGCCGUUAAGCCCUGUCCUCAUCGGUGCCUCGCGCCUUGCCAGUUCUUCCGGAGACCUCGUCGCAGACGGCGGUAGCGGCGGCGAGGAUGACCCCUUCUCCUUCCCGGACCACCACCAGCAGCAGCUCCCACCCGACGUCGCCCGAGGGGUGGACGCCGUCGUCGUGGCAGCCGAGGCCAAGGCCUCCAAUGCGGCGGACGCCGCGCGGGCCCUCGACCGGUGCGGCGCCGAGGCGUCCGAGCCGCUCGUGGUGGCCGCGCUGGCGCGCCUCCGCAACAGCUGCGCCGCCGCGCACGCCACGUUCCGGUGGGCAGCGGCGCAGCCCGGGUACGCGCCGGGGCGGCGCGCGUCCCACUCCAUGCUCGCCAUCCUCGCCAAGCACCGCCGCUUCGACGACGCGCGCGCCCUGCUCGACGAAAUGCGCCGCGCGUCGACGGUCUCCCCGGCCGCGGUGCUCCUCCUCAUCAGGCGCCACUGCGCCGCGCAUGACGUUGCCGGCGCCGUCGCCUCGUUCCGCGCGCUGCCGAGCUUUGGAUUCCAUCCUGGCGUCGCCGAAUUCCAUGGCCUCCUGAGUGCGCUUUGCCGGUACAAGAACAUGCAGGAUGCGGAGCACCUGCUCAUGUCCAGCCAGAAGGAGUUCCCCUUCGAGACCAGGAGCUUCAACAUUGUGCUCAAUGGUUGGUGCAACAUUGUUUGCAGUGUUCGGGAGGCAAAGAGGUUUUGGAGCGCCAUGCAGAAUUUGGGCAUUGACAGAGAUGUUGUGUCGUAUGGGAGCAUGAUCUCAUGCUUCUCAAAGACUGGGAGUUUGGAUUCUGUUAUGAAGCUCUUUAACCGUAUGAAGGAGGCUGGCAUCGCACCAGAUCGGAAAGUAUACAAUGCAGUUGUGUUUGCGCUAGCAAAGGGACGUUGUGUGGACGAGGCAAAGAUGCUUGUCCGGACCAUGGAGGAGAAGAAGGUUGCCCCGGACACAGCCACUUUUAACUCUCUUAUUGGGCCUCUUUGCAAGGCUCGUCGGGUUCAGGAGGCAAUGGAAUUGUUUGAUGCUAUGUUACGAAGGGGGUUGUCUCCUUCAGUGAGGACCUUUCAUGCGUUGCUUAAUGUGGCCAGGGACCCCAUUGAGGUGUUUGAUCUAUUAGAUAAGAUGAAAGAGUUACGCUGUGAGCCAGAGAUGGACACUUACAUUAUGUUGAUCAGGAAAUUCUGCCGAUGGAGGCAGCAUGAGAGUGUGGAGAAGCUAUGGAGUGCAAUGCCUGCAAAUGGGCUGAGCCCUGAUCGGAGUGCCUACAUUGUGUUGAUACAUGGAUUAUUCCUAAAUGGAAGACUAGAAGAGGCGGCAAAGUAUUACGAAGAGAUGAAAGCUAAGGGUUUUGCACCAGAGCAGAAGACUGAAGAAAUGAUACAGGCUUGGCUUGCAGGCAGAGAGCUUGCCAAGGCAUCAGCAUUGGUUCGCUCUAAGGGUGGUUCGGUGUCUCUCAGACUUCCCAGAAAGUGACAAGGUUAAGCUUAGCUCUGAAAGGCGAUCCAUAAAAAGAAAUGAAACAGGAUAGGAGGGUAACUAUUGUUAUUCCUGAAGAACUGCUAUAAGUUUGAGGAGACACUUGGCUGCAUGGAAAACUAGGACUGUUGUAUGUUUUUCUUUGUUAUUUGUCACUUGAAUGAUAAGUUAAAAACUGGAAUUACAAUGGAAAACCAUGUUCUUGUGGAUGCAUGAGACUUGCAUUUCUAUGCAUCAUGUUUUUAUCCUGUACUGACCAGAUGCUCAAUUAUAUGUGUACAAAACUUCUCCUGAGCCACAUGCCCACCUGAAUGCUUCCAUUAACAUCGAAGGGGCAUUGCAGGUGAAUAGGUGAUUUUGAAAAUGAAAUCAGUGGAAAUGAGAUGGAAAAGGCAAAGAGCAGAUUGACAUAGCUUUCUGAUCUGAAGAUUUUUUUUUUCGUGAAUAAGAUCUGAAGAUUUUUGACAUUGUUGCUUCAAGCAAAGCUGCAGAUACCAUCUAAAGAUCCGUUAGGCGGGUAGCUUCCAUGGAGGACAGCAGACCAGCAGUGGGUGGGCCGAGCUGCCACCAGAAUUGGGCUGACGGGCUGACUGAGAACAUUGCCAGGGCAACUGAUCUUGAGUCUCUGUUUACAAGCAGAAGGGGUUAAUAUCUGUGUGCCUGUGUCUAACCAGCUGCUGUUCUACUGGACUGCUUGUGAAGCCUACCUGUGGCUUGAAUGAAUCUGACGACAAGAUCACAUUGGAUUUGAAGCUGGGAGUGGUUGCCGCCAGCCUGCUAUUAAUCAAUGGCGAUUAUGUAUGGAUGCGUUCUGACGGUAGGGCUCAUCUAGCAUUUGAUAUCUGAAUACAUCUAAUCUAUCAGAUACCCUUUAGAUUGCUACCUUGUGGCUUAAAAUAAUGCCUAGGAGCUGGCGGCUUAGAUCAUACUACUCCUGAUAGCAUGGUCCAAGUCAAAGAGCUUAUCCUUGUACGGUCUGAAGACCUUUCUAUCAUAUUCCUAGAGAUAUACCAAUGCCCAUCGCAACUGUCUCUUUAACGUGUAUAUCUUCUCGCACGCCUGAACACUUCUGAUAUGUACUCCAGAAUUUGGCGUAAUCUUGCAACCAGAUGCAAGUUGCUUUAAACUA